AUGUCGUUAAGAUUUCCUUUGGUUCUCGUUGUUGAGAAGGGAUUGAGAAAUGUUUUAACCGGUCUUUUGCAGGUGCUCCAAAAUAUACACCUCUUGAAACAGAUUGGCCAUUGGUAUCAAAAGCGGACGAGGAUCGAGUUCUGGAAAAAGUGUCACGAAAGCUACGUGAGAAAGGCCAUCUCUCACCCAGCAGCCUCUGCUUUCUUCUUGGCUCAGGCGGACGUUUUGUCCUCUGAGUCCUUGGGCGAUGAGAGAGCAUCGAGGGUCCUUGAGAGGCAACUUUUGCUUACCUUGGCUGGACACUGGCUAGCUAAAAGUGACCCAAUUCCACUCGAUGAGCUUGAGCAUAUUGAAAGAGAAAUUUGGCUUUGCCGCAUCACACAACAGACUCUGAGCCAGGGCACGGGGCAGGUCAAGCAGAGAUUCUCUCACCAGAUUUCCAUGAGUGGCGAACUGUCCUUUGACUCCUUAGCCAAGGAGUUCUCCUUUUCUAAGCUAGCUGCUUUAAAUGUGCCCAAGUACUUGCAGCUUGAGAGUUUGCCUUCCCAAGAUGCACUGCACGCCAUGCUUUCUGAGGCCGAAUUGGAAUCGCUGAGUUUGCUAAUCGGGCACCUUCUGGAUGAGGGCAGUGAGCACGAGGCCAGCCGCGUUUGCCGGUAUUUUAACUUCUACAGUAGAGACGUCUCCUUGGUCUUGCACUGCAGAGCGCUGGCUUCUGGAGAAACCCCUCAAAGCUGGUUUCACCCAGAUAUCCAAGCUGUCCUUGCAGCGCAAGAAAAAGAGGAAAGCAAGGGCAAGAGAAACGGAGCAGAGGGCUCUCAGAAGAAACGACUGCAGAGCACCUCCAGCCUAGAGUGGCGGUCUUUGGUGGAGGCGAUGUGCCCACCCCAGGAGGUUGUAGGUAGCCUGCAGGCUCUCAUUGCAGAGUGUGUACAUGGGCGGAACUACUGCAGGCAGGUCCUCUGCCUGUAUGACCUGUCCAAGGAGCUGGGCUGUUCCUUCGGUGAGAUCUCCGCCCAUGAUUCUGAGAAGCUGCUUCGGGUGAUCCUGUCCUCCCAGCAGCCAGACAGGGGCAAGAAGGCCCAGGCCUUCCUCACCACCCAGGGGCUGGAGCCAGAGAUGGUGGCGGAGCUCGUGGCUGAGGAAGUCACCCGAGAAGUGCUGGUGCCUUUGCAAGGAAGAGGGGAAAAGCAAGUCUUAAAUCCAGCAGAGGAGAGCGAGGCGUUCCUGCAGUUGGCCAAACUGUGCCAGGACCCCACCCUGGUUGGCGUGAAGCUAUUGGAUAAAAUUUCAUCUGUCCCUCACGGGGAGCUUGCCUGCACUACAGAGCUCCUGAUCCUCGCCCAUAAUUGCUUCAGCCUCACGUGUCAUAUGGAAGGGAUUAUUCGCGUUCUCCAAGCUACCCGAACGCUCACAGACGAACACUUAGCACCCAGUGAAGAAUACGGCCUUGUGGGAUCUCUUUUCUCUCCCCAAAGGUUCGACCUCACUGGCAUCGGCAGGUACAACGAGAUGACCUACAUCUUUGACUUGCUGCAUGAGAAGCACCACUUUGAGGUGCUAAUGAGAAAGAAGUUGGACCCGAGCGGGACCCUCAAGACAGCGCUGCUGGACUACAUCAAGCGCUGCCGCCCAGGAGACAGCGAGAAGCACAACAUGAUCGCCCUCUGCUUCAGCAUGUGCCGGGAGAUUGGGGAGAACCACGAGGCGGCAGCCAAGGUCCAGCUGAAGCUCAUUGAAUCCCAGCCUUGGGCUCCACUUCCUGAACACCAACCCCAAAACCAAGCUGAUCAACCUGAGCCAGAAGAGCCUGCUGGAAUGUGCCAUGUCCCUGCCCAGGUUCUACCCGGUGACGAAGAGGACAGGAGAGCUUUCACCAUCGGGAACAGCUUACAGCUAUUGUUGGAUCUUGAGUAUUUUUCCUUGCAAGAGCUUGAUUGGAGCUCGGUCCUGUUGUGGGCCCAGACACUUUCCUUGUUCUUUCUGAGAGCCUGGCUACUUUUCAUGCUGAAUGCGGCAGUCGUGGCUGAGGCCUAUGACUUCGUUCCGGACUGGGCUGAAGUCCUGUAUCAGCAAGUGAUUGUAAAGGAGGACUUCAGCUACCUGGAGGAGUGCAAGCAGCGUGGCCUGCUCAAGGCGAGCACCUUUGAGGAAAUGGCCCAGGAGUUCAAGCAGCGUGCAGGCAAUGAACCGGCUCUAAAAAACCUGAAGAAGCUGUUGACCUAUUGUGAUGAUAUCGAUGUGUAUUACAAGCUAGCUUAUGACAACCAGUUCUACGACGUAGUGAACAUGCUUCUGAAGGAUUUCCACAUUGGCAAGAACACACGUGAAAUAAUAAAAUGGUUCUUUGCUUUCUGACCUACAUUGAUAGUGGAGGAAUGUCUCAAAGGUGCAAAGGUGAUCUUAGGACUUUGCACUGCUUUUAGGUCUAACUUUUGUGUCAUUAAACUUUAUUACUAAAUUUAUUAUUCGGGUUAUGAACGGAA